UGUAAAUCCUCUGAAAACACCACCAAUCAACGGCCCUGUGUGGAGCACGCAUCUCCGGGGCUCGCAGGCUGACGGUGGCCGCAGCAGAAGAAGAAGAAGAAGAAGCGUCCAGCAGGAGGAGGGGGAGGAGGAGGGUAAAAACUGGAUGGUUGGGGGAUGAAGAUGAUGCCAGCCAGGGCCUGAUGUUCCCCUGCACGCCCCGCUGACACACAGGGACCGUCGGACUGGUGGUGGUGGUAGUGAGGAUUAUCCAGGAGAGAGUGGAGGACGGAAGACAGGGAGGAGGCGGGGGGAGAGGCAGCAGCGAGCAUCAUCCGGAGAGGAGCGUUUUGUCAGGGAGGCUGGCCGACAAUAACGCCAACAGUAAGAAAUUAAUCGAAAUGAAAGGGAAAACCUUGGAAUAGGAAUAGUUGCAGUUGGAUAUUUUCGCCUAUUUAACCUAUAGACUAUAAUUCCCAGAGGACACUGGCCUUCACGGAAGAAAGUCAGUUCAUGAUUGUUCCAGAAACGCAUGCAGAUCCAACACAACUGAGUUAGGACCAUAUUGGACGCUUGAUAGUCGAGGUUGGGCUCCACGGAGAGAAGAUGUCGGGUCAGACGCUGACGGACCGCAUCGCCGCGGCGCAGUACAGCCUGACGGGAUCCGAGGUGUCCCGAGCUGUGUGUAAAGCCACCACACAUGAACAGACAGCUCCAAAGAAAAAGCACCUGGAAUACCUGAUCCAGGCCACCCAGGAGUCCAAUGUCAACGUCCCCCAGAUGGCCGACACGCUGAUGGAGAGGGCCGGCAAUGCCAGCUGGGUGGUGGUUUUCAAAGCCCUGAUCACCACACACCACCUCAUGGUGCAUGGCAAUGAGAGAUUCCUGCAGUUCCUGGCAUCCAGAAACACCUUGUUCAACCUUAGCAACUUCCUGGACAAAACAGGCUCCCAUGGUUAUGACAUGUCCACAUUUAUCAGACGCUACAGCCGCUAUCUCAAUGAGAAGGCCUUCGCCUACAGACAGAUGGCUUUCGACUUUGGCCGAGUCAAGAAAGGAGCUGAGGGAGUGAUGAGGACUAUGUCGGUAGAGAAGCUGUUGAAAGGAAUGCCCACCCUGCAGAGCCAGAUCGACGCACUGCUGGAUUUUGAUGUGCAUCCACAGGAACUGAACAAUGGAGUGAUAAAUGCCUGCUUUCUCCUACUCUUCAAAGAUCUGAUCAAGUUAUAUGCCUGCUACAAUGAUGGCAUCAUUAACCUGCUAGAAAAGUUUUUCCAGAUGAAGAGAAGCCAGUGUAAAGAUGGGCUGGAGAUCUAUAAGAGAUUCCUGACACGAAUGACUCGGGUUUCUGAGUUCUUCAAAAUAGCUGAGCAAGUGGGAAUAGACAAAAAUGACAUACCUGAACUCACUCAGGCCCCAGAAAGCCUUCUGGAGUCCCUGGAGACCCAUCUCAACACUCUGGAGGGGAAGAAGCCGUAAGUAAUGAAAUAUAACUAUACUGGUUUACCAGCGGUAGCACAGAGAUGAUUUUGGUUCAACAGUUGGGUGUCCAACAUGCACCUGAAAGUGUUUGGUAUUUUUAGCAGUGGUUUCAGGCUUUCUCUGGUGCCUGUUUGAUCCUUAAUUAGUGUUAAA